CGCUAUUUUUAGAUCUCUUUUUUAUUAAAUUAUUAUAUCCAGAAAUGUGCGACGAAGACGUUACCGCUCUCGUUGUAGACAACGGAUCAGGUCUGUGCAAAGCUGGAUUUGCAGGAGACGAUGCACCAAGAGCUGUUUUCCCUUCCAUCGUCGGGAGGCCCAGGCACCAGGGUGUCAUGGUGGGUAUGGGACAAAAAGACAGCUACGUGGGAGAUGAAGCCCAAAGCAAGAGAGGUAUCUUGACUCUCAAAUACCCAAUUGAGCACGGUAUCGUCACAAACUGGGACGAUAUGGAAAAAAUUUGGCACCACACCUUUUACAAUGAAUUGCGUGUUGCCCCAGAAGAACACCCAGUUUUGUUGACCGAAGCCCCUCUUAACCCCAAAGCCAACAGAGAAAAGAUGACUCAAAUCAUGUUUGAGACAUUCAACUCACCCGCAAUGUACGUUGCCAUCCAAGCCGUUCUUUCUCUGUACGCUUCCGGACGUACAACCGGUAUUGUGCUGGAUUCUGGAGAUGGUGUCACUCACACCGUUCCAAUUUAUGAAGGUUAUGCUUUACCCCAUGCCAUCUUGCGUCUUGAUUUGGCCGGUAGAGAUUUGACCGAUUAUUUGAUGAAAAUCUUGACGGAAAGAGGUUAUUCAUUCACAACUACCGCCGAAAGAGAAAUUGUCAGAGACAUCAAAGAAAAGUUGUGCUACGUCGCUUUGGACUUUGAACAAGAAAUGGCCACUGCCGCUUCAUCGUCAUCUCUCGAAAAGAGCUACGAACUUCCCGAUGGCCAAGUCAUCACCAUCGGUAACGAACGUUUCCGUUGUCCGGAAUCUGUUUUCCAGCCUGCCUUCUUGGGUAUGGAAUCUGCUGGUAUUCAUGAAACCACUUUCAACAGUAUCAUGAAAUGCGAUGUCGACAUCCGUAAAGAUUUGUAUGCCAACACUGUCAUGAGCGGUGGAUCCACUAUGUUCCCAGGUAUUGCCGACAGAAUGCAAAAGGAAAUCACCGCAAUGGCCCCGAGCACGAUGAAAAUCAAAAUCAUUGCUCCACCUGAGAGGAAGUACUCUGUAUGGAUCGGUGGCUCCAUUCUGGCUUCCCUGUCAACCUUCCAGCAGAUGUGGAUCAGCAAACAAGAAUACGACGAAUCUGGUCCAUCAAUUGUUCACAGGAAAUGCUUUUAAAUCAUUCUCUAUUUUUUCAUAUAUUUUUCUAUAUUGUGUGUACCAUUAUAUUUCACAAAUGUUAUUUUAACAUUUUAAUGGGUUACCAUUUAAUUUAUGAUAAAAGAAAGUAGUUUAUAUUAAACGUUCAGACACAUUUAUCAUCGCCUUAUUUGUGUUUUUAACAUUAAAAUUAAAAGUCGUCUUUUCAAAAAA